AUGCGAUGCGCGAGCAAGGCCGCCGAGAGCGCGUCCGCACGUCUCUGUGCGGACGCCAAAGCAGAAACCGCAGCAACAGAUGUCUCAUCGGUUGCUGAAGCGACUCAGCCUGUAGAGUAUGAGCUCGGUGUCUCAUACUCUCCUGAUACGGAAGACGGAUCCGUAUCGACGGCGAUCGAAUCCAAUCCGCCUGCCAAGCGUGGCAUGGAUGAUGCUACGCGUCGCAGCAUCUUUGGUUCAUCUGAUGAAACAGAUGAACCAUCGCUGAAGCGAAGGCGCUCGAGGUCGCGAGACUCGGGCGCUAACAGUGGUGUCGGUUCUCCUAUUGACACCACUUCGCAACGAGGUGCCAGUCCUUCUGUCGGCACGUCGCAGGAAGAGCGGGACCGCAGUGUGUUGCGUCUCGCUCCCGAGAAGAAGGCAUUGAUGCCUCCCAAAUCCGUCAUGGAUCACUUGUCGGCGACGACGAGUGAUCGUUAUCGAGCACGAUUGUUCGAUUCGUCAAGGAUCCAUCACCUUGACCCCAGCGCGAAAAACUAUCGCGCUGAAAACGAUUUCUUCAUCGAUGCUUUCUUUAAACAUCGAUGGUACAGUGUGAAUCACAAACGUGAUGGUCCCUCGCUGCUUCAAGCGUGGAACGCCUACAUCCAUAACCUUGAGGAUGUAGGUCGUGACGUUUGGAACGACAAACUUAUCAAAGCUCGUGAUAAGUUUGAAAAGCGAACCCCGACAGGUGCACGCUACAAGCUGCAUCGUCUGUCAAGGGAGAAAGGAUUACCCUGCCUCUCUUGGGGAGACUCGUGCCCGUGUUGUGUGAACAACUCUGCACGAGCACCUAAGGAGGCUUACCUCCUUACUAGCCCGUGGUGGCGCGUACGUAUCUCCAGUGAGAUGUACGAAGGGAUUGACAACUUGAAAUCCCUUUACGACCGUGCCGGGAAGACUUUCUCCGGCGGUCCUUCUGCGACACAGGAUGUGCCGUGUCGUACUGCUCAACCAGACCCAGUACGUCAAUCAUCAGCUGGGAGCGGGACUGCCAACUGCUCAACCAAUAGCGCUGGCCACCGCGAGAGUCCUCUAAUUGAGGUGGAAGAGGAGGGAAGACGCUCUCCACACAAUCGUGGGGAAGCGUGUGUUCCCGAGAGCUUCUUUGAUCGCGUAACGCAAGGGUUACGCGGCGAUCUCGAAUAUGAGCGGGACAGGCGUCUCCAACUGGCGGACGCUGUUUCGAGGCAUCGAGCUGAGUUUGCCUUUGCUCAGCUUGAGAACGAGAGAGCUCUGACAUCUCUUCGUGACGAGCUAAGGGUAGCUCGUGGGAUUGUUGAUCGGUCUCGGGAUGAGAUAACUGCUCUUCAGACCCUUGUCGAUGCCCACCAUCGGGACCACAAGGCUCUCUGCGAGAUGCUUGAGCGCAAGGGCGUUCUUCAUCGGAAGAAGCAGCGUACUGAUGGUACGGCUUAA